GGAUGCGGUCGGCACUCCGGCUCAUCUGCCGACGUUGCUGCAGGUGCUACUCCUACAAAGUAACCAACUUUCCGGAGAUGCCAUGCCCGCCCACGGAGCCCAGGGCCCCCCCUUGCUCGGUAGCCCAGGAUGUACCGCAGCAACAGCAGCAUUUCACUUGUUGUGACGUGCGAUCGAUGGCAAGGCAUCCCUGCUUUACUCCAGAGCGGCCCAAGCCACCGAAGCAGCCCAAGGAACCCUUCCGCUCGGUGUGGGAGACGUCGUGCGCAAUCACCGAGAACAGCAACUGCAAGGACUUUCUGCCGCGCUUUGACUCCCUGUACUAUCAUCCCAGGUACGACAAACGCCGUUUCCAGCGCACCUGGGUUGAGUGUCCACCGGUCAAGCAGCGCCUUAAGAAGGUAUGCUGCCUGGACGGCAUCGAGCCACCCGAAGUGCUUCCCCGUGCUCCCCACGAUCGCUGCGCCUGUAACAUCGACUACAAACGGCUGCGGGCUCUCUGCUACGAAACAGAACUGGCUCGAGAUCCCGGCAAAAAGUGUGUGAAGAUCUACCAGCCCUGCUGCCAGAGGCUGGCCCGCUGCAAACCCAGCUGCAAGAUCAGGAGAAAGACCAUCUGCACCAAGCUGCGAGCCCCGUAUCCUUCGUAUUCGGAAAAGUUCAGGGGCAGGAGGCCUCUCCCUAGCUCUGAGUGCCGAUGCCAUGACUUUGUGCCCAAAUGCGUGGCCAUGAAGGUGGAAAACCACAGGAUAAACCUCGAAAUCCAGCCCUUCUGUUGAAUCAAAGCAAUGAAUGCAAGUUGCCAAAGACUUGCCGUCAAUGUUUUGCUUCAGCAGCCGGGAAAUUCAGUAAAAUUUUGAAGAAGAAAAGAUUGCUUUUAAGUGGAUUCAAAUAAAAAAUUUCCAAGUC